AUGCGCAACCGAAGAGGCCAGUCGGCCGCUGCAUCAGCAGGGACACUGUCGGGCUCGUCUGAGGCAUUGAACGAUACGUGGAAUCAGGUGCGAAGCAAAGUCAAGCAGGCCCAGCAGGUGCUAAAUACACUGGUUAUUCCCGGCAAUAUACCAACGAAUUCGGAUCUAAAAUCACUGGAGGAUCAGGACUUGGACGAGCUCAAGACUGCUCUGGAUCAGUCGCGAGCUGAACAUGUACAAAACUUACAGUUGUGGGAGCAGUGCGGCCAGCAUUUGCAAGACGCGCUGGACGCAACCGUGCUCACAGUCUAUUUACGGAACGAGCCUGAAACAAAGAAGAGGCGCCGAACUACGACCGGGUCGACUGCGGCAACGCCUGCAGCGGCGUCCUCAGGGAAUGAGCUGGCAAUUGGCGCCAAGGUUGCAUUUCGGCUGCCAGGGACUAAGGCGCCUGAUGAUGAAUGGAUUCUCUGCGAGGUUAUCAAGGUUCUUCAAGAGGGACAACGCUACGAAGUCCAGGAUCCCGAACCGGACGAAAAACACCAGGCGGGCAAGAUUUACAGGGCAAGUGUGCGGGACAUGAUUGCCCUCCCAGCCAGGGGUGCCAAUUUGCCGGCUCUGGCAGCCGGGACGACUGUUUUAGCCCAGUACCCAGAAACCACUGCGUUUUACCGGGCGGAGGUUACGUCCUGUAACUCUCAAAAGUGUUUAUUAGUGUUUGAAGGCGAAGAAGAAACCGGCAAACAAACUGAAGUGGAUCGACAUUUAGUUCUCGGAUUAUAA